AUGAAAACAAAUGAAAAGUUUAAAAACAACUAUAAUGAAAAUGAAGACUCACCAUUAAUACAGGAUGAGUCACCAGAUCAAGCAGAUAAAUUUCCAACUAGCUUUAGGUACAUUCUUUUAAAUGAAAUAGGUGAAAGAUUUUCAUAUUAUGGAAAUAAAAGUAUUUUGAGUAUCUACCUAAACAGUUAUAUGGGAUACAGUAAAAAUACAUCCACAUCAAUUGUACACACUUUUAAUUUUUUAGCAUAUGCUUUUCCUUUACUUGGAGCAUACCUUGGUGAUGGGGUGCUUGGAAAGUUUAAAACUAUUUUAUAUUUUAGUAUUAUAUAUGUUGUAGGUAGCACUUUUUUAUCGGUGACAUCUAUUGAUGGUAUAACUGGAGGUGAGCCUGGUCAUAGAUCGCCCUGGGGUAUUGCUAUUGCUUUAGUUUUAAUUGCCAUGGGUACUGGUGGUAUUAAACCUUUAAUUUCGACAUUUGCUGGUGAUCAAUUAAAAAAAAAUCAAUCACAUUUGUUAGAAAAAUUAUUCCAAAUUUUUUAUUGGUGUAUUAAUCUUGGUAGUUUAUUAGCAACUAUAUUUGUUCCAUUAUUAAAGCGUUAUGUUGGUUAUUGGUUAGCAUUUGGUAUUCCAGCUGUGUUUUUAACAAUUUCUACUAUUAUUUUUGUUGCUGGUUCUGGUUCAUAUGUAAAAAGACCUGUUACCGAAUCAAUCUUAUUAACUGCCGCUAAAGUUAUUGGUUUUGCAAUUAAAGAAAAAUUAAAAAGAUUAAAAGCAAAGAUUACUGGAACCGUUUUUUAUAAUUCUUUUGAUGCUAUUAACAACGAUGAUAAAAGUUGGUUAGAUAGUGCUAAAGUAGAAUACGAUACUGAUGUUGUCGAUAGUAUCAAGUGUGCAUUAAAUGUACUUACCGUUUUUAUUCCAUUACCAUUUUUUUGGGCACUUUACGAUCAAACUGGUAGUAGAUGGACCUAUCAAGCAGAGUCAUUAGAUUUGUGUGUAUUUGGUAAAAAAGUAACAUGGUUAUGUUUAGAAGCAGAACAAAUCCAAGCAUUGAACCCACUCUUCAUUAUGAUGUUUAUUCCAAUUGUAGAAUAUGUUAUAUAUAAACCAUUGAAAAGCUUUGGUAUUAACUUUAAACCAUUAAUAAAGAUGGCUAUUGGAAUGUGGUUGGCAGUUGCAUCUUUUAUUAUUUCCAUGUUUUUACAAAUAGCAAUCGAUAAAAACCCACCAGGAACAAUUUCAAUUUGGCUUCAGUUACCACAAUAUUUAAUAUUGACAAUUGGCGAAAUUUUAAUCAGUAUACCAGGUUUAGAAUUUGCAUAUUCAGAAGCACCUCCAUCAAUGAAAGCCAUUAUUAUGAGUGGAUGGUUAUUAGCAGUAUCUCUUGGUAAUAUUUUUGUCGUAUUUAUUGUAUCUGCCGUUAAUUUAGGAAAACAAUGGGUAGAAUUUUUAGUAUUUGCUGCUGUAAUGUCUUUAUUUAUUUUUGUAUUUAUGAUAAUUGCAUACAGAUUCAAAAGUUCUAAACCAAGUAUAUAA